GAUUUUUUCUUUGAUUUUGUUGUAAUUUAUCAUGCGAUCUGUGUCUUUUGUUGAGAGUAUUGAACUAGAAUUUAAUGGGAAUCUUUUUAACGAUGCAUUGAUACUUGAAGAUGUUGAUAAUGAUGGAAAAAAUGAGCUGAUAGUUGGGAAUAUUGACGGGGAACUGUUCGUCUUCAGAGGAGAGCUUACAAGCAAGCCAUGGAAGARCUUCAAACAUAAUGGCAUGAUAACAUGUAUUGUCGCUGGCGAUCUMAUGAACGCUGGAAAAAAUGUCUUGAUGUCUAUCACUGCAGAUGGAUGGUCUUACGUAUUUGAUUUUGAUGAGCAGCCUGAUGAUACUUGUAUUUUGCAAGUUUCAUACUCACAAAUACUGCCAUCAAAUACAAAGACAGCCUUGAUAUCAGACAUUGAUGGUGACGGGCWGUAUGAGCUKGUCACUGCUCAUACAGAUAGAGUAGUGUUUGUUCAUAAAUGGAAAAAUAUGGARAYAACAAACCCAAUUGUUGACACCAAGAAAAAUGAAGAACUUUCUGAACCUCAGCGAAAAACCUCAAAUCAUAGCAAACCUAAAGAAAAAGGAUCAAGAGAAAAUGUGAAAAUGUCAUCACCUGAUGACCAACAGGAUAGGAAGAUAUCUGUCCAGUCAGAUGACAACAUUGUGAAACCAGCACUACGAGGAGAGUUUGUUAUUAUCAAUACAUGGACAUUAGCCAAUCAGAUUACAUCGCUAGUUGAGUAUAAGUGCAUGGGGUGUCAAUAUUUACUGGUAUCACAGCCUGGAGGGACGUUUGUUAACCUCACAUCACAGUUUGCUGGGUCCAAACAAGAUAUGGAAGACACAGGACUUUUUGACUAUCCUCUACCCUUCAGUGGCGGCAUAAAGAACUCMGAAAUCCCUACAUCAAUGGCUGCUAUAUUGCAUAAACACACAAGACAUAGUCUGAAUGAACAAUCUAGUCUACUAGCACUAGGUAUGCUUGACGGUAAUGUAUCCCUUAUGGACCAAGAACAGAUCCUGUGGACACUCCCUCUUGAAAAGAAUCUACUAACGCUGUCCAAACUAGACAUUACUAGUGACGGAUACGAAGAAAUAAUYACRUGCGGUUGGGAUGGUGCAACUUAUAUUAUAGACUCUGAAAAGAACAUUGUGAAGUUUCAAUUCCCUGAGAGUGUAAUGGCUUUUAAUGUUGGGUACUUUGGUAUGGAGACRAAAAAUGUACCUUGCCUCGUGUACGUCACAUUUUCAAAUACGAUAGUAGUAUAUUAUAGGAUAAGUCUCUCUAGACUUGCUCCUGCUAACUUGUUGACGGUUAUGGAGAGUAAACCAGAGCACAGGAAGACGUUGAAAGAGCUUGGCCUUCUUGAUGAUGAUGUUGUAGAUGAAAACAAAUUCAAAGAAAUGGUGUCAGAGUGUCUCUAUGGCAACAAGGGAUGACGUCAUCAAGGACGACACCCAGAAACAACAGAAACGUCCUUUGCAAGCAUUGAGGAAAUCCUUGGAAGGCAGAUAUUGCAAUGUAUGCAGAGAAAUUUAAACACCACUCACUAAAGGACUAAAGUCAAAGUCGAUGAUGAAUAGCAUGAUGGGGAUUCAUACAAGAAGCGGAAGUUGCAGUGCUUCAUAAGCGGAAGGUGCAAAGCAUCAAGGGAAUGUAUAAAAGUAUUAUGGGAAUAUAUACAUGAAACAGUUACUGCGUAGGUUCCCUGAUAUUCCUGACAAAUAGUGUAGGGUGCGCAAAGCAUCAAGGGAAUUGAGACAAGCAUUAUGGGUAUAUUUACAUGACGACAGUACUUCACCGAUAUUCAUACAAAUACCGGAUGUUGCAAACCAUCGAGGGAUUGGAAUGCACUUAGUGGGUGUUGUACUCAUAUGAAAGGAAGCGAUGAAACUAGAUAAGUUGCCUUUAUAAUCGUUUAAUUUUCCAUCUGUUUACGUACAAUUUGUAUUUACAAUUCUUUCUGUCUUUGAAACUUCGAUGUGCAAUCUACAGCCUUGAGAAUCUGUCUAGUUUAUAUACAUUUUGUAUUCGUUUUUAGCUAACUACCAUUUACAAUAUAACAGCUUUAUUGUUCAUUUACGAAUUCAAAGGUGGUUUGCGGAUUGUCAGGAASUUAAUCAACUAUGAUCUGCGUCGGUUUUUCUGUUGAAACAUCUGUAAUAAACACUCUAKAAAACAGAGUAGACGUGCUGAAUUUUCGGACGUUGGGCCUUCGUCGAUGUAGAGGACGUUUUUUAAGAGUUUGUCUUUAAGCUAACUCUCCUGUUUCAGUAUAAAGUGUUCUUGGAAUGUAAGUUAAUGCCAUGAAACAGUUAGACCUCAGGAUCUGCAGAGAUCGAUGGCAUUAAAUCUCUGUCAGAAGCAGUGCCGUCGAUAUAGGACUCAUUCAAUGGAGUGUUGACUUUAAAGUUCUAGUUCAUAGCAUUCGUAAGGUAGCUCUUCGAGUAUUUUUUGUGGAUAAGGAAACGUGUCCGACAAUUGGAAACCAA